AUGGUCAUUGGUUUGACUAGCAUUGCUGACUUUUUGGAAUUGUGCUUUGGGAACUCACUGCUAUCAGGUAAUUUAGGAACAAGUAUCAGGAGUUCCCGAACACUAGGGGAGUUAUCUUUACCAGUUGAAGGACGAAUGCUUUCAGUGGCAGAUGGUGUCUGGCAAACUCUGGGCUUGGGGAGAUCUCUCAACCCAACAUAUAAUGCCAAGAAGAAGGAUUAUCGUCUUAAAACCAUGGGCAUGAUGGAAAUUGUUUUUAACAGGCCACUGGACAUUCUAAGGAUGCUAUUGGAAUCCGACAGUCCAAGGUCAGUUUUAGAAGAUUUCUUCCGAUUUGGUGCAGGCGAUGCAGCUGCAAUGUGUUUAAUGCUAGCUGCAAGAAUAUUGCAUUCUGAAAACCUUAUCAGUAAUGUUCUUGCAUGCCACAACUUGAAGGUAGUAAUGCAUCAUCAAACACAGGUGCUGCUUCUGGAUUUAGCAUGGGCCACGUUGUUCAGGAAGCUGCGCCUUUUUUUCUUUUUCAGGUGCACAUGA